AUGGAGAAGGAAACGGAAACUGCCGUAAUGGAGCCUCCUACCCUAUCAAAGAACUCCGCCGCCUUCCUUAAACCUUUGAAGGAGAAAAUGAAGGAGGCCAUCGACGGAGGUGACGCCUCCACAUACUUCUGUCUCUACGGAUUCACAGACCUUACCAUAUCGUCCCAGACGUUUAAAGAUGUGCAAUGGACGCUGGAAGACUUUGCGUACUUCUACGACAGUCCCGCAUACGCGAAAGCCUGGUCAGAAUUCAGAACCCAGUACCUCGACACUGAGCCAUGGGCGCUUCUUGAGUCGUGGGAUAGAGUGGCAAUGGCGCUGAGCAUGCUUAAUCGGUUUCCCGAGCAAAUCCCCCCCUAUGCUGGUAAAGAAGAAGCGGACAAGAGCCAAUGGGGACAGUUGGAUUACAUUUGUUGGUUCAUUUACAGGCUGUUGAACAACCGAAGCCAUAUUGAAAACGGCACCGCUGAAUCGCGCGAUGACUUCGAAACCCAACAAGCCGCAUACGCCCAAUCGUUCGGGCGCGAUAAUAGGUUCUACGGCGUGUGGAAUGACUCUGACCGAUGGGUAGCCAUGUAUCUUCUGUACUGUAAGCUGCUUUGGGAGCAAGAGCAGUACGUUAAGGAAAAGUAUGGAGGAAGUGACAUCCCGGAACUCACUGACGAGGUCUCCGAAGCGAUUGCAAAUGACACUGCUCACACAAUCGUAGAGGAAGCCUACGGCGAGAUGUCUAAGACCCUGACCGCAGACGGAAAGAGGAAGAGGGAAGAAUCAUCCAAGAAAGGCGGCAAAAGUGAGCAACGCACGUGGGCCGGCUUGAGGUUCUUUGGUCUUGGGCGUGGGCCACCACGACCAACGAAAAAGGCCAAAAAAACCGGUGGAGGGGCCAAGACGGACGCUGCAGUAGAGGAAGUAAAGGAAGAUGAAGGAACUUGCGGCUCAAGCACAUGCGUGUGGUCUUCAAUGGGGCUCUUAUUGCUCUGGAUCUUAUUUCCGAUCACAGGUUUCCCCUUCAAGCUCAACGCAAAGCCCAAGAAAAAGACUACAUGUAAGAAGACCAAGCCAGAUACCGCGGCUAAGAAAGACUACGACGCCAAGAAGCCUCCGAAGAAGGGCAAAACGCCCAAGAAAACAACGACUAGUGCCCAAUCCCAAUGGUCUGGGCUGGGUCUCCUGAAAUUCUGGGAUUUGUCUCCUGCACAGAACACCAUAGCCACGGACGAGGAUGAGGACGAGGAUGAGGCCCAGCAGGACGACACCGAGGCCAAGACAGAUGCAACGGCAAAUGAGAAUGAUAAGAAAAAGGAAGUUGAAGAUGAUGCGGCAAAGACAUAG